AAUGUUCUUUUUAGCAGCAUCAUGUGACCCCUUUAAAUGUGUUUGCUGCCUUGCUACCUGUUUUCAUCCCAGAGCCCUGCUAGAGAAUGAGAAAAAGAAAAGGGAGGCAACAGAGAGAGAAAAGGAGAGGGUGGAGAGAGAAAAGCAGGAGAUGAUGAUGAAGCUUCUCCAGUUUGAAGAGCAGACCAAAAAGGUUGAAAGAGAUCUGAAAGAGCAGUUUGAGAGGGCACGGAUCCUGGAGGAAGAGAGGCGGCGGGUGGAGGAGGAGGCGGCUCGUCUGGAGGCUGAGAGACAAGCGGCGCUGAUGGCUAAAGAAGAGCUGGCCAGGCAAGCUGAGGACCAGAUGAAAACUCAGGAGCAGCUGGCAGCAGACUUGGCAGAAUACACUGCAAAGAUUGCCUUGCUGGAGGAAGCCAGGAGAGUCAAGGAAGAAGAAGCCAAUGAAUGGCAGAACAGGGCUAAAGAGGUACAGGACGAUUUGGAAAAGACCCGUGAGGAGUUGCAGCAUGUUAUGUCGUCUCCUGUGGUUGCUGCCCCCAUGGCUGCGCCCAUGUCCAUGAUGGAGGAACCCCUGGAGAACGAUCAUGAUGAUCAUGAGGAGAACAACAGCACCUACAGUGCUGAGCUGCAGGUGGAGGGCAUUGAGGACCACCGCAACGAGGAGGAGCGCGUCACAGAGGCAGAGAAGAACGAGCGCGUGCAGAAACAGCUCAUGGCCCUGAGCUCUGAGCUGGCCGAGGCGCGAGAUGACUCUAAGAAGACUAAGAACGACAUUCUGCACACUGAAAAUGUACAAGCCGGGAGGGACAAGUACAAGACGCUGCGUCAGAUCCGCAUGGGCAACACCAAGCAGAGAAUAGAUGAGUUCGAAGCCUUAUAGUGGCUGAUAAAUUCUCCAAUAAACCUCGAUUAACAGCAGCACUUGCUGUUCAAAAGUGAAUUUAUCUAACUGCCACAAAUGGCCU